UAGUGACUCCGUAUUAUGUAAUACACGACUCGGCCAAUAACGUAAAGUAAAUCAUAUCGUAUAACCGUACUCUAAUAAUAUCGCCCGUGUCAUAUAAGCGUUAUAAGACCAGCGCGUGUUUACGUUGUCACGGAGAAGGGCGCUUAAUCGAACCCAGAGUUGGCCGUCGUCACACGGCAGGAGCCUCGAUCGAACCGAGAGCAUUCGCUCGUCAUCACGCCACGGCCCAGCACCGCGCGUCAAAACUGCCGUAUUUACUUUGAACCAAGGCGAACAUUUCGGUGUUUGUCCAAAAUUUGCUUUGAAUAUUCCGUGAGAGGUCGAGGGACCAAUGGGUCGUGUCAGCUGUUAGAACGAACCGCAGAAAAUGACCUGUCAGUUCCGUGGGUGCCUUGCCAGCUAACUGCUAACAGCUAACUAACCUGUUAGCCUUCACCGUAUCUCAGGUUCUGGGUACAGCGAAGUCGGCACGGACAACGGAGUUAUGCGUGAACAAUAACUAUUCGUUUACCCUGCUCCGUCAGCGAUAUGUGCAAAUGGCACAUAUAAGCAGUGCGUUUAUUGCCUGUUGCUAACGUUACACACCGACUGCUAGUGUUAACUGGGUAUCUCCAGCCACGUAUGACUCCUCCGCUCAGUGUUGACGUAGCAACUGCGGUCGGCUUGUCUGUCUUGUCUGGCAAGGUUUCUGAAGUUGCUGGAUGGUGUUAAGUUAGUGACAGCGGAAUAAACGAGGGAAAAAAAAGACGAAUCGGAAUCGGAGACCCCUGAAUUAGACCGGACUCUUCCCAGAUCGGGAGGCAGUUCUAGCGUGUUUCCAAAAUGAAACACGUGAGCUGGACCUGAGCUUGAGGUUUUCGUGGGGUUCCUGGCUCUCAUGUCGUAUUAAUCGGAUGAUGAAGCGGAUCAUCUGGUUGAUAUCAGGAAUAAACAGAAGAAUGAUGAAGCUCCUGGUUGCCCUCGCUUUGAUCGCCUAUAUUGCCUCUGUCUGGGGAACAUACACCAACAUGAGAUCGAUACAAGAACAUGGAGAGAUGAAGAUCGAGCAGAGAAUUGAUGAAGCUGUCGCUCCGCUCAGAGAGAAGAUUCGUGACCUGGAGCUGAGUUUUUCCCAGAAAUAUCCUCCUGUGAAAUUCCUUUCCGAAAAGGACCGGAAGAGAAUUUUGAUUACGGGUGGAGCUGGUUUUGUGGGUUCUCACCUGACAGACAAACUGAUGAUGGACGGCCAUGAGGUGACUGUGGUGGACAACUUCUUCACGGGCAGGAAGAGGAAUGUGGAGCACUGGAUUGGCCACGAGAACUUUGAGCUCAUCAACCACGACGUGGUGGAGCCUCUCUAUAUCGAAGUGGACCAGAUCUAUCAUUUGGCAUCUCCAGCUUCCCCUCCCAACUACAUGUACAACCCCAUCAAGACUCUGAAGACCAACACCAUAGGCACUCUCAACAUGCUAGGGCUGGCCAAGCGGGUGGGUGCCAGACUCCUUCUAGCCUCUACGUCUGAGGUAUACGGAGACCCGGAGGUGCACCCUCAGAACGAGGAGUACUGGGGGCAUGUGAACCCCAUCGGUCCUCGAGCCUGCUAUGACGAGGGCAAACGUGUCGCAGAGACCAUGUGUUACGCCUACAUGAAGCAGGAAGGCGUCGAGGUGAGGGUGGCACGAAUCUUCAACACAUUUGGCUCUCGAAUGCACAUGAACGAUGGGCGUGUGGUCAGCAACUUCAUCCUGCAGGCUCUACAGGGAGAACCCCUCACUGUGUAUGGUACAGGAUCACAGACAAGAGCCUUUCAGUAUGUGAGCGAUCUGGUGAACGGCCUCGUGUUGCUGAUGAACAGCAACAUCAGCAGUCCAGUCAACCUGGGAAACCCAGAGGAGCACACCAUAUUGGAGUUUGCUCGUCUCAUCAAAAGUCUAGUCGUAAGCGGCAGUCAGAUCCAGUUCCUCCCAGAGGCCCAGGACGAUCCUCAGAGGCGACGGCCUGACAUCCGCAAAGCGAAGAUGAUGCUGGGUUGGGAACCUGUGGUGCCCCUGGAAGAAGGGUUGAACAAAACUAUUCAGUACUUCAGUAGGGAGCUGGAGCAUCAAGCCAACAACCAGUACAUCCCCAAACCCAAAGCCGCCCGCAUGAAGAAAAUGCGACCCAGACACAACUGAGGUUGGGGGAUAGCGUCGCGAAAGACUCCUGCAACGUGGAAGUUAUGAUGGACUCUGAAAGGGACCCUUAAAGAGCAGCUGUGUGAGCCGCGCAUGCUGUUGAACGCUACUCUCCGGGAAGGGGUUGUUCUCAAACACUGACAUGAGUCUCGAGUCUGUGAAGAAAGACGUCGCUUUUCAUUGUUGCUGCUGUUGCAUUGGCAUUUUCCUCAGGAAGCUGUGGGUUUAAAGGCUUCCCUCCUGGGGCUCGUGGGUGAGAUGGACAUGGUUGGAUGAAAGAACAGUGAAAAUCGAACCCAAAUGUCAAAUUCUGGUUUUUUUUGUUUUUUUAUGUCCAUGCUUCUGCUAUUUAAAUUGCUGACUUGAAAAACGUGUUUUGUGUUUUAUUUUAUCAGUUUCAUCGUGUUCUGUUUCUCAAGAUGGACUACCAAACCAGGACUACAGAGAACUGGGUUUACCGUAGGACCAUUUGUCCUUUUUCUAAGCAGGGCGACCACCCUGUCACAAAGCGUACUGUGAUGGGAGAGUUCUCACGUGUUCUUCAGUACGACUGUUUCAAGACGUCGUCGUGUUCUGCUUUGUGAAAGUUCUGAUGUCAAGAAGUGAAUCUCGUGUAUUAUGAAUUUUAUGUGACGAUGCUAUUUUAAUAAAUCAUUUCCAGAAUCCCCCCCUC